AUGUUCUUCUUCACAGCAGUUUUGCUGUUCUUUUGUCUACUCUUCAACGUCAACCCCGCAGUUUCGCAACAGGAUUAUUCCUGUUCCCCUACGAAGCCAUGCAAACUCGGUUGCUGUGGUACCAACAAUGUCUGCGGCAUGGGCCCGGCCUAUUGCGCGCCGGGGAACUGCACGUCCACCUGCGAUGCAAAGAGUGAAUGUGAUCCCGGUUGGGGCGCCGAAUGGAGCCAGCGGUCGAAGUGCCCCCUGAACGUCUGCUGUAGCGAGUUCGGCUUCUGUGGUACGACUGAGGACUUUUGUGGCGAUAACAAGGUCAAGGCACCAAGUUGUCCUGAUGGGACAAGCGCGAACAGCAAGCUCAUUGGGUAUUAUGAGGGAUGGUCGACAACCAAGGCCUGUAAUGGCAUGAACCCCGAGUCUUUGCUGUUCACGGCAUACACCCAUCUCAACUAUGCCUUUGCUUUCAUCGAUCCAAAUACGUACAAGAUUGCCAACAUGCAAGACUCGGAUGAGAAGUACAUGCCCCGUCUGACUGCGCUAAAGAACUACAAUCCGGGGUUGGAAGUCUGGAUCGCUGUCGGAGGCUGGAGCAUGAACGACCCCGACCAGCCAACCAAGCGGACCUUCUCCGAACUCGCUGCCUCGACGGCGCACCAAGACGUGUUUUUUGCCUCCUUGCUUUCAUUCAUGGACAAGUACGGGUUCGAUGGAGUGGAUAUCGACUGGGAGUAUCCAGUCGCAGAAGAGCGCUCGGGUGCCCCCGAGGACUACGACAACUUCGUCACUUUCCUCAAACGCCUACGUGCUGUUCUUGGGUCCAAAGGCCUUACCAUUACCCUCCCAGCAUCGUACUGGUACCUCCAACACUUCAACCUUAAGGAGAUGGAGCCCGUACUCGACUGGUUCAACAUAAUGAGCUACGACCUACACGGCACAUGGGACGGCACCAACCCUUAUCUCGGUCCCUACAUCAACUCGCAUACCAAUCUCACCGAGAUUGAUCUUGCCCUUGAACUUCUUUGGCGCAACGAUAUCGAUUCCAAAAAGGUGGUCAUGGGGAUGGGCUUCUACGGCCGGAGCUUCACCCUAACCGAUCCCAACUGCCGUACGGCAGGCUGUGGUUUCAGUGCUGGCGGCAACCCCGGCCGUUGUUCCGCAUCGGCCGGUACAUUGAUGUUCUCGGAGAUCCAGGAGAUCAUUGACAGCGGCGACGCCGAGGUUACCACCGACGAAAAGGCAGCCGUCAAGAUCGUCACCUGGGGCGGCAACCAAUGGGUGUCCUACGACGACGAGAGCACCCUGAAGACCAAGGUUGACUAUGCCAAUGAGAAAUGCCUCGGAGGAACCAUGGUCUGGGCUGCGUCAACGGAUGACCACAAAGGCACCGCCAUCCGCGCGCUGGCGAAGGCCGCUGGCCGAACCGAUCUCUCCCAGCCCCCGGCUCUUGCGUCCAAGGCGAACAUCGACCCGAGCCAGUGUGUCUGGGGCGAGUGCGGCGCCUCUUGCCCGUCCGGUUUGGUCCCCGUCGAAAGUUCGGGGAGCAAUGCCAGUCCCUUGGGCAUCGAGCUCGGGUGCAACCAGGGCAAGAGGAACUUCUGCUGCCCUUCCAAGAAUCCACCGACGUGCACCUGGAAGGGAAGUCCCAAGUUUUGCGGCAUGUUGGCCAGUAACCGCUGCAACGACCAGGAGAUUGAGAUCUCGGCAAGCACAGAUGGUUGUUGGACGGGACACAAGUCACUUUGCUGUACCAAGACCGACACGACGACAAAUUUGGACUCUUGCGAGUGGCUGGGCGCUGCCCCUAUCUGCGCGGCUGGUGCGGGCAUUGGGUCCAUCCUGGGCCUUUUUACGACCCCAGUUGCGGCGGCGUUUUCGUUCAUGUCGUAUGGGUGCCCGGACAGCGAUAAGCCGAAUGAGCUUACCAAGGGCAAGGCGGGACAGGGUGGACAGCAGUCGUGCACGAUCAAUGGUGGUUUCAAGAGUUACUGCUGCAAGGACCCUACUCCUUGGGAGAACUGCAAGUGGAGAGCCGGAAACACCGUCUGGGUGCAGUGGGAGAAGAUAUUGGCUGGGCCCAUUGGCAACUUGUUCUUCGACUUCUCAACCGACUGCAAGACAGGAUGCGAGCCUGGAGAAGUCACAGUUGCCACGGAUGGAUUUGGCUGUCGGUCCGGCACAUACUCAUAUUUCUGCUGCGCAGAUCCCAACAAGCCUGCGACGCCGGAUCUUCCUGAGAUCGAGCUAUGCCCGGGACCAGUCAGCUUGCCAGGUCAAAGCAGGACCCCUGAGCCUGGGACCGACCUGGACAACGUUUGGGAGGAAGGAGAUUUAUAUGAUGACACCUGCAGCCUUCCGCCGCCUCAACUGCGCAAGCGCCUCAUCAGAGCCGCUCGUCCCCAUCUUAUGGGGUUCGACAGCAAUGAAACAGAAACUGAGCUGAGAGCGAGAUCUGCUAACGAUGGCAUCCACCACCCGAGCCUGGGAGCCAUUGAAAUCCCCAACAUCUUCGACCGUGGUUUGAUGAAGCGCGGCGCCCGAGAUCACUUCAUGAAACUAUGCGGUCCCAACGGACAACAAGGAGGCAUCUGGGUCCAGAACUACCCGCCCUCAACCUCCAUCAUCCGCUCAACUGUCCGCGCUUUCACGGCCGCCAGACGUGGCGUCUGCGCUCUCGCCGGCAUCACGGCUCUCACUACGCUCGACCCCCAAGCCAACUGGGUGACAGAACAUGUGUUCGAGAAGCAAGAGUUCCGCGACGCAAUCGAGUGGAUGGCCGACGGCCACGCACCAGGCGGCCAAACUCUGACUGCCGGCGCGGCUCCUUUCGCCGGUGUCUUUGACACGAACGGCAUCUUCCAAGAUCCCUGGCCAUCCGCCAACUUCCCCAGUCUCACCACUGUUCGCGGCUGGGCCGGCAACAUUAACGACGCCUUUACCGGCCUCCUUGGCCGCACAACCGACGUGGGCCUCAACAACGCCAAUAUCGUCAACCUUCAGGUCUGUGAUGCCGACUACAAUCUGUAUAAGGAACACAUUGUUGCGGGAGCGAAUUUCAUCAGCCGUGCCAACUAUGAUGGAUACACUGAUCCGUUCGACCGUAUCGGUAUCCUGACUGACACCAUCGACACCUUUGCAUACCGGGGUCACCAGGCUGUUGUGCAGUCGUAUUCACAGACAUACACGGCCCUGGCCCAGUUGUGGGGUGACUUUGGCAGGUAUGCGGCGACCAAAGGGAUCCAGUAUGACUUUGCAGGUGCGUUUAAGGAGGUGAUUCCGGCCAACUUGGAGAGUCAGGUUGCGUCAGCGAGGACGCUGUUUGGGACGUAUCUCGAUGAAGAGAUUGCGUUUUGGGGAUCCAAUGCUGCGAGGACGACGUACACGCCGACGAUCGUGGCGGAUAUGGUGCAAAGGCUGGCUGGCUGGAAGACGAACUUGAAUACUCUCAUUUCGUUGCCUAUCAACCAGAUGACGCCCUAGGUUGGUGUUGGCUGGCGGAUACGGAGAUAGAAAUGCGAGGCCUUUUUGGAGCCAAGAAGAAUCAUACAUUUGUGAGGCCGUGGACGGCCCCCUGCACUGAGUGCCCGCUGCGGUAAGAUCGCUAAACUUAUUCCUCCGUCGGCCGAGUUUUCCAUGUUUGCCCGAGCUUGCCAGGAACGGAAGGUGAUACAACC